AUGCGGAUGCGAGUACGUGGACCCGCGGGUCAAUCCACCGUGACGCUGGACGACUCCGCCAGCAUCAGCGACCUUCAAGGACAGAUUGCGGAGAAGACUGGUCUCACCUCCUACGAUGUCAAAUACGGAUACCCCGACCUCAAGCCUUUAGAUCUCGACCGUUUCCAACCAGACCAGAAAGUGUCUGAUAUUGGUGUCAACCUGAACGGGGAACAGCUUAUCGUUGCUGCGCGAGAGAGUGCUGCCCAGCCGAACGAGCCCACCCUUAGCCAACCUGGCCCUGCCCUCCAGCAGCCUUCACAGCCAUCUUCCGUGUUGAAACCCACAGAAACUACCUCCGACGAUCCGCCAGAGAUUGCUUCACCUGAGCAUGGAGGUACCUUUGUGCUCCGUGUCAUGCCCGACGACAAUUCGUGUCUUUUCCGCGCGGUGGGCGCCGCGGUCAUGGGCGAGAUGGAUACCAUGGUAGAGUUGCGGUCCAUUGUUGCAGGUGCCAUUCAGUCGAAUCCUUCAGAGUACACUGCGGUCGUUCUUGGCAAAAGCCCUGACGACUAUUGCCAAUGGAUCCAAAACGAGGAUUCAUGGGGUGGCGCAAUCGAAUUGAAGAUCUUGAGCGAGUACUUCAACAUCGAAAUCUGCUCUAUUGAUGUACAAACCCUCCACAUGUUCCAGUUCAAUGAGGGUGCUCCAACGCGAUGCAUUGUGGUAUACUCGGGGAUCCAUUACGACGUCCUCGCGCUCUCCCCGUCGGAUCCACCAUAUACUCACGCCGACCCGUUUACGCAAGGCGAUACCAAGAUCUUUGAGGCCGUCGACCCAGUUGUUCUGGAGAAGGCCAAAGAGUUGUGUCAAGUCCUGCAAAGUAAGCAUUACUAUACCGAUACCUCCGGGUUCUUGGUACGAUGCAACACCUGCGGUGGCACCUUCACGGGCGAGAAGGGGGCCACCAAGCAUGCAUCAGAAACUGGCCACUACGAUUUUGGAGAAGCAGCUUAG